AUGGGGGCUCUCGGGCCCAGGCUGAUGUGGCACCCCACGCCUGGAGCCUCCAGCCCCAUCCGUAGACGCCCCGUGCUGACCGCCGCUCACUCCUGGGCACCUCAUCCCCGGACCCUUCCGCCGGCCCGCGCACCCUCGGGUCCUUCUGAACCUUCCCCGCACCCACGGGUGCUCCUCAUGCCAGCGCGCGGGAACCGUGGAACUCCUCGGUGUAAGGAACUACUUCUUAGCAGCUUCUACCUCCGCACCUCUGGGCCCUCCGCGCCCACUCCCCUGCUCUGGGGCCGGGCGCCCGGCGCCGGCGAGAAAGCAUCCCAGUGUAACGUCAGCUUAAAGAAGCAGAGGAGUCGCAGCAUCCUCAGCUCCUUCUUCUGCUGCUUCCGUGACUACAAUGUGGAGGCGCCACCAACCAGCAACCCCAGUUUGCUUCCGCCACUGGUGGAGGAGAAUGGUGGGCUUCAGAAGGGUGACCAGAGGCAGGUCAUUCCCAUACCAAGUCCACCAGCUAAAUACCUCCUUCCAGAGGUGACGGUGCUUGACUAUGGAAAGAAAUGUGUGGUCAUUGAUUUAGAUGAAACCUUGGUGCACAGUUCAUUUAAGCCUAUUAGUAAUGCUGAUUUUAUUGUUCCGGUUGAAAUAGAUGGAACUAUACAUCAGGUGUAUGUGCUGAAGCGGCCACAUGUGGACGAGUUCCUCCAGAGGAUGGGGCAGCUCUUCGAGUGUGUGCUCUUCACUGCCAGCUUAGCCAAGUACGCAGACCCUGUGGCUGACCUGCUGGACCGCUGGGGCGUGUUCCGAGCCCGGCUCUUCAGAGAAUCGUGUGUUUUCCACCGUGGGAACUAUGUGAAAGACCUGAGUCGCCUUGGACGGGAGCUGAGCAAAGUGAUCAUCGUCGACAAUUCUCCUGCCUCGUACAUCUUCCACCCUGAGAAUGCAGUGCCUGUGCAGUCCUGGUUCGAUGACAUGACAGACACGGAGCUACUGGACCUCAUCCCCUUCUUUGAGGGCCUGAGCCGGGAAGACGACGUGUACAGCAUGCUGCACAGACUCUGCAAUAGGUAGCCCCGGCCUCUGCCCGCCUCCUGCCUGUGCACUCUGGAACCCCCAGCCUUGGGGACCUGCCUGGCCUCGGCUCCCUGUGAGCUGAAAGUGAGGACACUCCGUGUUCCAGGCUGUGGGGUGAAUGUGGCCAUACCUACCUGUUUUAUUUUUUUAAGAACAGAAACAACUAUUUUAAAACGAACUCUUUUAAUGAAUUUCAUAAAGGGACAUGCAUUUUACUGGAUUUGCUUUUCUUAAAACAUACCAAAAAGAAAAAAAUGAAAAAAAAAAAAAAGCUUGAUAUCUAUCGGACUUCCUUUCAACUGUCCUCCCUUCCAAGCGGACAACCUGUCCCCUCUAGCCCAGCUCAGAGCAGCUGACCCAACUCAGAAUCUCUUUCCUACAGGAUGAAGUGCCUUUUUGAAUGUUAUUUUAAGCUGAGAGUUAAUUUUUCUACACAACAUAUUUCCAGUCUUUUAUUGUCUUAGAUUCUCUAAGAAGAUAAAUAUUACGAUUUUCUAGAACUUGGGGGGGUGGGGUGAGGGAUGAGGGUAAGUCAUAGGAGCCUGUUUCCCAACAGGUGUGACUGUGCUGACAACCGGUGGCAUGCUGCAGGCUCAGACUCCUGGUAGGAGGGUUUGUGACUGUGACUGUGACUGUGUCUGUCUCCAUUCAUUUCGGACCCAGUUUGGGAUAUAUUUGCAAUUGUGUGGCUCAACACUUUAUGAAACAAUCAAUUGUUUUAUAUUAUUAUGAUUUCUGAGGGUGACAAAUUGGUCCUGAGGUCACAUUUUUCCUUCGAAAAGUGUCAUCAUGUCACUUCUGCUUUCACACAACUGCCAUACUUCCGUACGUGUUUUGUUUUGUUGUUGGUUAGGUAGAGCAGUUACAAGAAACUCAAACCCUUAGACUUUUUUUUUUUUUAUUCUGUUUAUUGAUUUUUAAAUCUUUCCUUUCCGAAAGCUGGAUAUAUAAUGGAGCUGUUUGGGAAUUUUCUUUGCUGCUACCGUGCUGCCACCAAAUGGAAUUGACCAGCGGCUGUUACACUGUUCUUUGCCACUGUGCCUAAUGCUCAGAAUCUGCUCACUGCUAAGCUGCACACUCAGACAGGGUUAGAAAUGUAGGUGUCCCACCCUAUCGCAGACUGCACCACCUGUACCCCUGCCCUGGCCCUGGCCAUGGGAGUUCAUAAGGGUACGAAGCCAAAAGGGCCGACACACCACACAAGUGGUGCCAUUUUCAACCGCAGUCAACAUCAGAUCCUGUGAGAAGCUGACUGUUCUCUCCUGAGAACCUGCGGCCUCAACCAACCACCACGCUGAUAUGGCCCCAAGUCCAUCUCUGGGUCUUCUCUUUUGAAGCAUAGCCUACUUCUGAGCCGAGGGUUGGGGAAGCCUGUCUAGACGUGGGACUCACUGUCCCCAACCAGAGAGGAAGGACUCUCUCCCGGAGCCAGAGCUCCCUUUGCAGCCUUUCCCAGUGAGAUGUUCUUAAGCAGUGCCAUGUUCCUUGUUUGACAACAAGAUAGUCUUUAAAGUGUUACUCUUAAAAAUAAUUAAAAAGAACCCUUUUGUGUUGGCACCGUUGCCUUAGUCCUCUGCAGGUUGGGCCUCUGCCAGAGUUCUGGUGGGAGCAACUGGCACUAAGAAAACUGGAAAUUGGGGGUCAAAGUAAAAUUUCUUUUUUGCUAUUAUUCACAAAAUAAUGAAGCCAGCUGCCAAUUAUGUCCUCCCAACAGCGCUUUGGUCUGUGGACUGCCCGGCGUUCAGAAGAGAAGUGAGUAUUCAGGGGUAACCAGGUCUCCCAACAUUCUGAGUGCUCCAAACCCAGUAAUCCACAUGCCAAUUAAAAUAGAAACAGCCCCUUGCCAGGCAUUACCAUAGAUAAAAACAGUUACAUGGCAGAUCUGCACAUGCCAUAAACUCUGAUUUGGAAAACUAGUCAUUAAAUGAACCCGCUGCCUUAAAUGUCUUGAUUAUUGCAGUCAAGUGUCUGUCAUAUCGAAAUCCACAUAGAACUCAGUCCUGAUGAGAGCCUUAGAGCCUCACCCGUGCUCCCCUUUUGUUGGCAUCACAAGGUCCAGUUUGGAACAGGGGGUGGCGGGGGGCAGAGAGGGCUGAAAAUCUAGAAGAUUUCAGGGAAAUCGAACCUAGGAAUAGUGACCGAUGGAGUGAAGACACUUGGCAGGCUUGAGCCAGACACUUCACCUAGUAGUUCCUGAAACCGUGCACGCCAUGCACAAGUCCCGUGGAGAGCCGUUGAGGUCGGGGCCCGGUUUCUGUCGCCACAGACACAGAACGUCUCGGGAGGGCCAGUAAACCCUCUGGGGUUCUGGAUUCUGUGCACCUUAUUUGACCAUACUCCAAAAUUCCAUUUUUAUUUUAACCCUUGAUUCUGCUUUAUGUACAUAAUCAAAGUAUAUCUAUCUAUAUAUAUAUAUAUAUUUUUAAUCAUCUACAUGUAAAUGAAGCAAUAGAAUUCUAACAUGAGGCCCAGAAAUGAGAUGAAUGUUUGGGGUUUAUGUUUUUAAGGUAAAUAUACGGGUAUUGUUUUUUUAAUUACCUUUAUUAAAUGGUGGGCUUUAAAACCUAAUUGAAACCUAUUAGCUAUUUCUCUGUGCCAUAUACUUCCAAUGUUACCAAAACAUCCCUAACUCUUCAGCCAAAAGAGAAAUCUGAUGUCCUGAGUUUCCAUGGUCCUCUCUGUACCAGGUUAAAACACAGUCUUCUGAACAAGUAUUUUUUUACAUUAAGAUCUGGGACAGGAUACCUUGCAUCAUGGACUCUGGCCACUAUGAUGCUAUGACAUCUCUGGCCGGACCUCGAGUGGAGGUGCCCAGGCACAUCUGAGCUUGUUACUGCUCUGUCUUCCAUUGCUCUGGAAUACUACAUGUGGAUCUGUGGUUUCACCCAUUAGCUAUUUGUAAACAAUGCAUUUGUAUACUAAAAAGGAAUACCACCUGUCAUGGCCGAUGGUUGGUGGGGAAGCUCCUUUGACAUGGUGCAAUUUUGAUGAGAUGACUCUGGAGACAUGAGAAUGCCCUAAAGACUUGUCAUGGUUGCAGCAUUUGAACUUUUGGUAUAAAAAAGAAAUCUGUAAGUCUAUAACCUGGCAACAUUUUACAACCCUGUAUUUUAAAGAUGGCUUUCUAAUAAAAUCCAGAACCACACAGCCCUAUGGUCAAACACUCGUGACGUUUGUGCCUCUGCUUUUAAAGGUGCUGUGAUGGACAGUUGGCAUGCCAGGAUUAGAGAAGAGGGGAUGGCUUGAAGUGCUUGCAGUUACCUGUGCAAAACUGACUGGCUGCCUCUGUUCCCAUUUUACUGUAAUUUGAUGGUGUCUGUUCCUGUUCCAUUCUCCAGGGAGCUUCUCUGCAGACUAACACCCCUCACUUCCCACCCCGCAAGUAGUAGAGAUGCUGGUGUCUAGGUAGUCAUGGCUUUCUGUUGGACAUUUGAAUGUGAUAAACAAUCCAGCAUUACGUGGAAAUGCUACAUGUGGAAUGUGCACGUUUGCAGGGGCGAGCAUUGUUUGUCAAGAGGCUUGCAAUGAUUUCCUUCCUGCCAAAAAUAAACACGUGAAACUGCG